AUGGGAUACACUAUCAAACAAAAGAUUGAAAUAUGUCUCAAAGCAGAGUCAAAUCCCCACAUGACACAGUCUGAUCUUGCUGUAUGGGCAAUGAAGGAAUAUGGACUGACAAGGCCACCUUCUCAAACGACAAUUUCUCGUAUUUUGAGCUCAAAGAAUGAUAUAAUCGCGUCUAAGGAAGAUGAAUUCAAGUUGGUGCGUCGGAGAAAGCAAACCAACCCCUUGUUACGCAAGAUAUUGACCGAGUGGAUUACUCAAGCAACAUGGGAAGGCAUUCCUAUCACCACCCCCAUUAUCCAACUGACGGCGCACGCUAUAUGGACAAGAUUGCCUAAAGAGGACAAAUCUGGAAACGGAGUAUUCAACCAAAAGUGGUGUGCUCAUUUCAUAAAAAAACUAAAUAUAAACAUCACGGGAAGUGAAGAAGAUAUCAAACAGAACUUUGGCUACAAGUUGAAUAAAGUUUGGAUGUUGGAUGAAAAAGUAGAGUUGAAGAAUUACUUGAGCAACAUGAUUAAACAAGACAAUUAUUCGCCACAGGAUAUUUUUGUGAUUGAUGAAUUUCAAUUGUUUUAUUCACUUCCCUUGGACCAGAUAUUUGACGUCAGCUCUGUUGAUAAAGGGUUGCAACAAUCACAUACAUCGAAUGAGUAUUCGUUGACCGCCUUACUAGGAUGUAAUAUUGACGGUCUGGAGAAGCUAUUACCUUUGAUUGUUGGGAAAUAUGACAAGUUCGGUGUAUCAAAGAGCUCAUUUGCUAAUUUACAAGCUGUAUCGAGCGAUGCCACAUCCCAUCAUAACCUAAUGAACAAGAUUACUCAAGUGUACAAUAUAUCAUACAAGGCAAACACCAAUAAAUGGAUCACAUCUCUGAUGUUUCAAAAUUACAUACUAUCGCUUGAUCACAAAAUUCACAGCUUGACUCCUCAUAGAAAAAUUUUGAUUAUCUUGGAUGAUUGUUCGAGCCAUCGAUUAGUCAAUAUCAAGUUUCAGCAUAUCAAACUUGUGUACUUGAAGAAUGAAACUUGUCAUAAAAACCCAUACAAUACUUCCUAUGGCUCUGUCAAAUUUGAUUAUUUACCAAUGAACUUUGGAAUCAUAGAAGAAUUCAAGAUAUUUUAUCGUAUUCAGCAAUACACUGAGAUGAUCCGAUUGCAACGCAAAAAGUCAAUGGCAAAUAAAACAAAACAGUCAGCAUCAACCACAUCCUCAUUAGGUUUAAAUUAUAAUAUGGCUAAUACUUCACCAGCACUCGAGGUAUUGGCAGAACAAGACUAUCAUAUUCCAAUGAUUACCGUUAUUGAGUGGGUAACUAGGGCAUGGUCUUGGGUUUCACCUGAACGUAUCUUUCAAUCAUGGAAGAAAACUCGACUAUUGCCAUUGACCCCUAACCAAAGUUGGCCCAGCUUCAAAACGAGGGACAUGGCAGAUGGUAUUUUCAGAAACCUCAACAAAAGUCUCCGCCUUUUUAAUGAGGCAAGAAGCCAUAAGGAAUUGGAGGAUAUUAUGGGACAUUUGAAUGUGGUUAUACCUUGGGAAAUCGAGGAAUUGGUUGGAUUGGUUAAUGAACGUGGUAAGAUUACUCUAAAUUACGCCUCAAUUGAAGAAAUUAUUGGUAGUUGUCUCCUGGAAGCGAUUGAAGAUGAUGGCAAUAGCGAUGAAGACGAUGAUAAUCGUGAAAUAGAAAUCGACAAUGGUGAAUCAGAAUCAAAUGAUAAUGGUUCAACUCGAUGGUCAAUUAGUGAAAAUGAUCUCAAAGAUGCUAGCAACAUGAUAUUCAACAAAGCCAUUGCCAAUGCCGCUGAUGCAAGCGAUGCUAUGAUGAACGUUGACUCAAUUUCGGCUACUAUGAGGAGCAAUUUCAAUUCAGAUGAUGUAUUAUUGGACUCACGCCACGCAUUGAAUCAUGAAGCUAAUAGUAUUGCAACAACCAAUUCUCGAUCACCUAGCUUUCCAUUUGAGUCAGCGACAAUGACUAUAAAUAACAAACACAAGUUGGAUCCUUUAGAAAGCUGGGACAGGAAGAAACAGGCCUCGGCUGGAAUAACAUCGCAAGAUCAACAACAGAGUAGUACUAUUAAUCUAAUUUUUGACAAUCCGUUAGCAAAUGGUAACUCCCUGGACAUUUAUGAACAGCUGAAUCAACAACAUCUGUCGCAAUCACAAGCUUUUCCAUCGGGUUCUGAAGUGGAUAAUGAUAUGUCACAGUCUAUAUUGAAACUUAUCAACUAUUCAUCACUUAACACCAUCAACUUGUCACAAGCCACGAUUGAUGAUCUCAAUUAUAACUUGAAAAUCAUCCAAUCUAGAUUGGGUCAGAAUUAA